UUUGGGCAGGUGAGGAAGGAGCGGCCGGGGCGGGGGAAAUUGUGCCAAUGUCAUCGGGACAGAGGUCCGGAGCUUCUCACGAAACACGGAGGAACUGGGGAAGGGUGACGCAGUACGAUGAGGUCCCUCGAGAAAGCCAGCGUUCCCAUCCUUCUCUGGAGGAGGACGUCACUGCACUUAGUGCAAAGCUGUUGAAGGAUUGUGAUUUAGCAGUGAGUGCAGACCCCCUGCCGCCCCCACCACUGCCUCUGCACCCACCAGUUGGCCCCGAGUUCUAUCCGGAUGAAGCUGAUGAGCCGGUGACUUCCCUGGAGCUGAAGCCGGUGCGGCGUUUUAUCCCAGAUUCCGUGAAGAACUUGUUCAGAGGGAGAAGUGACGAUCCACAGGUGAACAUGGCUCUUAGCAAUACCAGCGACGGAGUGGAGUGCUCACCACCCGCCUCCCCCACACCCUCUGUGAAGGAAUAUCUCGGGCUGGAAGGGCAGGCAUCCGGCACCAGCUCCUACCGGGAUCCCUACGGAGGUUCAGGGGGAAGCUACAACUCUCGGAGAGAGGCUGAGUUGAUGCUCCCCCACGACCCCUACGAUUCGUUGGAUCGCCACACCCGCACCGCCCGGAGCUACCAUGACAAAGUGCAAGAGUACAACCUGAAAUACUCCUACAUGAAGUCGUGGGCUGGCUUGCUGCGGAUCCUGGGCGCCAUUCAGCUGCUGUUUGGGGCCGCUGUAUUUGCCUGUGUCUGUGCUUACAUACAUAAAGACAAUGAAUGGUACAAUAUGUUUGGUUACUCUCGGCCGUACAGUCACGCUGCCAACAGUUUGCAAGGAGGAUACUACUACGAUGGGCCAAAGACACCUUUUGUUAUUGUCGUCGCAGGCUUGGCGUGGGUGGUCACCAUCAUUCUCCUGGUGCUGGGGAUGUCCAUGUACUAUCGCACCAUCUUACUGGAUUCUAACUGGUGGCCGCUGACCGAGUUUGCCAUUAAUGUCGUUCUUUUUAUCCUCUUUCUGGCUGCUGCCAUCGUGUACCUCAACGAUAUGAACCGCGGCGGCCUCUGCUAUUAUCCCCUCUUCAACACCCCACUGAAUGCGACGUUUUGCCGCGUCGAGGGAGGACAGAUCGCUGCGGUCAUCUUUCUCUUUGCCACCAUGUUCCUGUAUCUCAUCAGCUCCAUUGUCUGUCUGAAGUUGUGGAGACACGAGGCAAAGAGGAGACACCAAAACUACGCUGAGUUUGAGCUGAGAAGUCCGGAAACUGGGACAUCCACAGAAACGCAGGCAUGGCGAUCUAAAGAGAAGUCUGUUGUAACCAACCCAAGUCACAAAGAGCAGCAGCCAAUAGAAGUGAAACCCGCAGUGCUAAGUGGGUCCAUUCCUGCGGGUCACAUUCCGAAACCCCUCAUUAUGGCUGACUACCUGGCUAAAUACCCAACUAUUCGAACACCUGAGGAGCGGGAGCGCUACAAAGCUGUAUUCAACGACCAACAUGCAGAAUACAAGGAACUUCACGCAGAGGUGCAAGCCACUCUGAAGAAGUUCAGUGAGAUGGAUGCCAUGAUGAGCAGACUCCCUCAGCAUGCAGGAUCCCAGCAGGAGUAUGACAGGAUUGCAAAUGUUUUCCAUGAAUAUCAGAAGAAGAAAAAUGAUCCCACCUUCCUGGAGAAAAAAGAACGUUGUGAAUAUUUGAAAAACAAGCUCUCCCAUAUCAAGCAGAGAAUUCAAGAAUAUGACAAGGUCAUGAGCUGGAAUGAUAACUAUUAAGGGGCUGACAAGUCCGGAAGAAUCUCAGAGCGAGUUGUCCCUGGUCUCUACAACUGCAUUAACCUGAAGCAAAAAUGCAAAGAAACUGCAGAUGCUGGAUAUCUGAAAUAAAAACAGAAAAAUACUGGGAACUUUUGGGAAAUUGGGCAGCAUUCACAGAGGGAGAUGCACGUUAACUACCUCCAGAACUUCAGAAUGGUAGAAAAGACUGAGGGCUUGAAGUGUUGCGGUUUCCCCUCCAGAGAUAUUGCCUGGCCUAAAGAAUUUCUAGAUUGUUGUCUUUGUUAUAUCUGACUAUUAUUUUGUAUUUCAUAAUUACAAAACCUUACAUUAUUGUACCUCCUGAGAACAUAAAGACAUUUUAAACUUAAUUUAAUCUUUUGUGUUCACGUGUUCCCUCUAGUAUGUGUAUAUAUGACUUUUGAUAUUUGUCUCCUGUUUUAGUUAAUACUUUUGUAUGAAACCCCUGUUUAUAUUCCAUGUGCAAAAAUAAAAUAACUGAGAAUUCUUUA